ACUCUACCGUUUUGAGACCCACCGACAAUACAAGUCGAGGGAAACCCUAAUCGGUGAUGAAAAAUGCUUUGGUGAUUAUUGUUUCUCUUCGAUCGGUGCAAGAGACGAUCCAGUUUUCUGUAACGAUAUGCGUGAUAACCAAUCAUCCUUAAUCCUUUUAAUUCGCAAACCCACUUCAAAACUUUUGAUUGCGGCGAAAUCAGGUAUAAAUAUGUUUUAAAGUUUUCUCUGCGAAAGCUUAUGUGGAUGGAUUUUCUCCUAGUUGAUGUAAAUGUGAGUGUUUUUUCUGAUUUCGUUUUUUGUAUCGAUCAUUAUGUGUUGAUAUUUAUCGUAUUAAUGUGAUUCCGGUUAACCUGAAAGCCGAGAUUCACAUUCUUCGUCUUUCCAACUCGAGGUAUAGUUACAUAUCCAUUCUUCUUGGAUCUGAUUGUGAUUCUCGAUUUCGAAUCUCCUUGCUUCUGGUGUUAUUCCCUACGGUGAUAUUUUAUUAUCUAACAAGAAUUUGAGAUUUGAAUCGAAAUGAAACCAUAGCCUCAAGAGUUGUGUCAGAAAGUUUUAUUUCAUAUUGUUACUGAAUAUAGCUAUUUGUUCUUCUUUUCUUCCCAUUUAUGUCUGGCUUUAAUUAUUGUCUAUUGUUUUUGGAUUUCGUUUUGCAGAGAAUUCUAUCUCCCAAGUACUUCAAUUUUCCAGUUCCUAACAUUAACUCAUGAUCCAUAUGGGAUUUACUAAGUUCGUGGCCUUCCUUCUUAUUCGAGUAUUCAAGGAAAAGAAAAGAAACUAACAACAACACAACUCAGAGAGAAAAAGAGCGAUCAAGGUGGCUGAUAAGAAUCAAAGUACAGCGAGGGAACUGAGUGAGACCUCGCCGGGCAGGAGAGAAGCCUAUCUCGAAUCAAGCGGUCAAUCACAGCACGAAGAACAUGCAAAGGAGUUGAGACAGAGGGACGUCGAUGUCAUGCCUUAAUUAGCCCCCAUAUUGGUCUAUAUGGUUGUAAGUUGCAUCUAUUUUCUCUUCAAUGUAGGUAGGUUCGAAGGGAGAAUACUUUAAUAAUUCAAGUCAAGCUUAAGUAUCUGCUUAACAUGCGAUCUCACUUGGUACGAAAUCCCUGUUGAUUUUCAGGACCCCCACUUGGUUGGACUUGUGUAGUGCUUCUGAUGGCUCUCUCGUGUAGCCUCUCCAUCCUCCUACAGACUAUAUGUAUCUCUAGGCGGGACUCUUCACCACAUACCACUCCGAUACCCGGCCACGUCAAACUGAUCCUAACAUGUACGUAAGAGUAAAUUAAGAGUUAUUUGAAAGAGGACUGUUGACAGCUAAUUCUAAGUGGUUGGGAGAAAGAAAAAAAUAAAUGGAGGUCGUAAGUGUUCUUCAGUACCUUGACAACAAAUCAAUAUUGGUCAUCGGAGCUGCUGGGUUCUUAGCAAAUAUUUUCGUGGAGAAGAUAUUAAGGGUGGCACCAAACGUGAAGAAACUCUAUCUUCUUCUAAGAGCAUCAAAUGAAAAAUCUGCUACCCAGAGGUUUAAAGACGAGAUUUUGAGGAAGGAUUUGUACAGGGUGCUGAAGGAGAAGUAUGAUCCAAAUCUAAAUCAACUUACAUCUGAGAAAGUUACAGUUGUCAAUGGGGACGUUUCCCUUGAGGAUCUGGGUCUCCAAGACACUAACUUGGAACAUGAGAUGAUCCACCAAGUUGAUGCCAUUGUUAAUUUAGCUGCAACUACUAGAUUUGAUGAAAGAUACGAUAUUGCACUUGGUAUCAACACAUUGGGUGUCCUCAAUGUCUUGGAUUUCGCCAAGAGAUGUGCAAAGGUUAAUAUCUUUGUUCAAGUAUCAACAGCUUACGUGUGCGGGGAAAAAUCUGGUUUGAUAAUGGAAACACCAUACCGUAUGGGUGAAACGUUGAAUGGAACCACCGGCCUAGACAUCAACCAUGAGAAGAAAUUGGUCGAGGAGAAACUUGACCAGCUCCGCGUCACCGAAGCCUCUCCUGAAACCAUAACACAAACAAUGAAAGAUAUGGGACUCACCAGGGCAAGAACGUAUGGAUGGCCAAACACCUACGUUUUCACAAAAGCAAUGGGAGAGAUGAUUGUAGGAGCAAAAAGGGGGAAUUUACCACUUGUGUUGAUUCGUCCGUCAAUUAUUACUAGCACUAUCAAAGAACCGUUCCCUGGCUGGACCGAAGGCAUCAGGACCAUUGAUACUCUAGGUGUCGGAUAUGGUAAAGGCAGACUCACAUGCUUCCUUGGUGAUCUUAAUGCUAUUGCCGAUGUGAUGCCAGCAGACAUGGUAGUAAAUUCGAUGUUAGUGUCGAUGGCUGCUCAAGCUGGAAAACAAAAAGAAACUAUUUAUCAUGUGGGCUCCUCGCUAAGAAAUCCCUUGAAGAAUGAGAAACUUCCUCAGAUAGCAUACCAUUGUUUUACUACCAAACCAUGGACUAACAAAGAAGGGAAGCUGGUUCGUGUAAGGAAUAUCGAGAUUCUGAAUUCUAUGGCUAGUUUCCACAGAUACAUGGCCAUACAUUACUUGAUCCCAUUAAAGGGACUUGCAUUGUUAAACAUUGUAUUUUGCAAGCUUUUGGACAAUAGUUUGAAGGAUUUUCAUAGGAAGAUCAAUUUUGCAUUUCGGCUCGUUGAUCUCUACCAGCCCUACCUCUUUUUCCGUGGAGUAUUUGAUGAUACAAACACGGUAAAGCUGCAAGGAAUUGUGUUGAAGACAGAAGCCGAAACCGAGAUGUUCUAUUUUGAUCCAAAGACGAUCAAUUGGGACGAGUAUUUUGUGAAUAUACAUGUUCCUGGACUGGUUAAGUACGUUUUCUAAUGAUCUCACGUGUGUAGCCUUUGUUUUAUCAUGUUCCUACGAGUAUAAACUGUGUGGAAAAAUUUAGUACUCGUGAUCCGUUUUUAUUCGACUAUGUUUUCAAACUUGAGAUAUGGCUCUUUAUAUUUAUUGUUUCACCAUUUGCAUCUUUGUAAUGGAACUAUAUUUAAAAUAUUUUGACGUCUUGUGUU